UAAAUUUGGCACAAUGCAGUCAGGCAUGUACCAUUCUCCUGGUAACCGCCAAACUCAGACACACAUCCAUCGGAUUGCCAGACAGAGAACUGUGAUUCGUCACUCCAGAGAGCACAUCUCCACUACUCUACAGUCUAGUGGUGGUGUGCUUUACACCACUGCAUGUGGUGCUUUGCAUUGCACUUUGUGAUCAUGCGCUGACUGCGCUCUCUCAAUAUUUAGUAGCAAAGAAUUUUCACAGAUGGAAUUAUUGCACAGGUGGCAACCUAUCUCGAUACCACACUUGAAUUCACUGAGCUUUCUUUCACAAAUGUUUGUAGAAGCAGUCUGCAUGCCUAG